UAGCAGUUGUUUGCAGUCCUGCAGCCCCGUUGAUAUUUGUGAGGUGGAGAUGUGGAAAUACAGGUGCAACUGAAUAUUCCACAUAUUAAUUAAGCUCAGAGCAUAGUGGAUAUUCUUGGCAAACUGGAAAAUCCACAACUGAUUUCCUUUCUGAUCAGUGGACCAGUCAAAAUGGCUGAAGUAACCAAGACAGAAGAAGAGCAAGUAGAGAAGAGUUUGGAAGAAGUGGAGAAAACACCUCAUGCUUCAGAGUCAGCUUCAGGUGUCGGGUGUGAGGGCAAUAAUUCUGCUUCAGGUGCAGAGCAGUCCACUGAAAAUGACAAAGAAGUUGAUGGUGGUGAUCAGGAUGGCAGAACAAAGAAGAGGAAUUUAGAUUCUGAAGAUGAACCUUCUAAGAAAGUUCAUGUGAUUGGCCAUGGGCAAGCUGUAGCUGCACAUUAUAAUGAACUUCAAGAAGUUGGUUUGGAAAAACGUAGCCAGUCUCGCAUAUUCUACCUCCGAAACUUUAAUAAUUGGACAAAGAGUGUCCUCAUUGGUGAAUUUAUAGACCGGGUACGGCAAAAGAAGAGUGAUAUAACUGUUUUGGAUCUAGGAUGUGGGAAAGGUGGAGACCUACUGAAAUGGAAAAAAGGCAGAAUUAAAAAACUCGUCUGUACUGACAUUGCUGACAUUUCUGUGCAACAGUGCAAGCACCGCUAUGAAGAAAUGAAAUCCCGAUGUCGAUAUAAUGAACAUAUUUUUGAUGCAGAAUUCAUACAAGCAGAUAGUACCAAGGAUCUCCUGUCUUCCAAGUACAACGAUCCAGAUAUGCGCUUUGACAUUUGCAGUUGUCAAUUUGUUUACCACUAUUCAUUUGAGACGUAUGAGCAGGCUGACAUGAUGCUUAAAAAUGCUUGUGGGAACCUCUCUCCUGGAGGUUAUUUCAUUGGCACAACUCCAAAUAGCUUUGAACUCGUAAAGAGACUCGAAGCUUCAGAAACAAAUUCAUUUGGAAAUGAUGUGUACAAUGUAAAAUUUGAAAAGAAGGGAGACUAUCCUUUAUUUGGCUGCAAGUAUGAUUUUCACUUGGAAGAAGUGGUUGAUGUCCCUGAGUUUUUGGUUUACUUUCCCUUACUGGAAGAAAUGGCAAAGAAGCAUGGUAUGAAAUUAGUCUACAAAAUGACGUUUCGGGAAUUCUAUGAAGAAAAAAUCAAGAACGAGGAGCAUAAAAUGCUGUUAAGGAGAAUGCAGGCCUUGGAGCCAUAUUCUACACAUGGUGAUUCCAGGCUUGUUUCUGAUAAACCUGAUGAUUAUGAGCAUGCAAAAGAGUUUAUCAAAGAUGGCAAGGCAAAGUUACCAUUGGGAACCUUGAGUAAAUCUGAAUGGGAAGCAACAAGUAUCUACUUGGUAUUUGCAUUUGAGAAGCAACCAUGAAACUUCACAUACUGGAUGCAGCAAGAAGGGAUCAUAUCCAUGUGCAAGUUGGAAUGAUCAGAAAUCCAUUGUGGCAACUAUUUUUUUAUUUUUUAUUUUUUAAUUAUCAGACGUGUGCAGGACACUACCAAAAACUAGAGCAAGCUCGUGAUUCAGAGUUACAUUGCCUGUCUGUGACAGAUGGACUUGUGUGUGUAUAUAUAAGAAAGAUUCUGAACCAGUCUUUUUAAGCAUUUGUAAGCAAUCUGCAUGCUCUCAAAACCUGUGUUUGAACUCACACAACUUUGUUAGAAACAAAUGUUCUGUUGGUAGAAGUAUGUUUGUGAUUACGAGCCUGACCCUGCACCUUCUGAAGUUGAUGGAAGAACGUUGACUUCGAUAAUGCAGAAUGAGGGCCUAAAUACUGUUCUGCAGAGCUCAGUUAAUUCAUAAUGAGAUCUGUUCAGCAUAGAGGGUAUGUCUACAUUGCAUGCAGAGCAAAAACUACCCAAGUCAGUUUGAGAACCUCUGCGCUGUGCUCAAGCCUGCGUUGUAAAUCUACCUUAGUGGUAUUCAUGGUGUAUUUUACAUGGUAAAAUCCCAUGAUGUUCUUGUUUUUCCUGCUUGCUGAUAUGUAGUGUCACUUCAUGGUGCUUUUAAGAUUAAAUGAGUUUGUUCUGUACAAAACUGCUCUGAAAGUACUCAAUUUCUAAUGUUAUAAAUCUUGACUUUGUUUUCCAAAUAUGGCUGUGCGGUAAUCAGUAACAGCUGCUUAAGUUAGAUUACUGAACAUUUUUUAUUGUAUUAAAGACUCUCCUGACUUUUUAAUAGU